AUGUAUCUACUCAAAUUAUCUUAAUUAUAAUUUAUUAUGUUUUUAAUUAUAAAUGUUUUAUUAUGUGUUAUAAUAAAGUAGAACAGUCAAUAUUACUGAUAUAAUAAAUCCAGAUGCAAAAAAUUUGUGCAAUGUCAAUAAUCAUUGUUACAGUUAGAGCAUUUUACGUGUAUGUUUGCAGCGCUAAUGUAAUAUGUAACAUGUUUUUACAUUUUGCUUACAAAAUAUAUUGAUUAUAUCAUUCCAAGUAUGUAUAAUUGAUACAAGGGGAGUUAUUUGUACAUAUUCUGUAUGUUUUAAAAGUUUGUAUUACUUAAAAAAGAUUUUAAGCUUUAUAAAAGAGCAUUCAAUUUUAUAAGAACAAUGUGUUUUAUUUAUACUAAAAUUUUGUUUUUCAUAGCUAGAUAACUGAACAAGAAGUACUUGAAAGACAAAAUAAAUUGUAACAGGUAGAUGUUAAGCAAAACUAACAGAUUUUCAUAAAAAUAUUAAAAUGUUAAAUUAUUAUCUUAACUGUUAUGAUAAUGUGAAUAAAUGAACGAUCAGUGAUAAUGAUGUUUUAUAACAUUUUGUCCCUAUUGCUAAAACAUACAUAAUUUGAAAUUUUUCAUUUAUAUUAUCAAAUUUUCUGUAUUUUCAAAAUUAGAUGCAAAAUAAUAAUAUACAAAAUUUGGCAUAUCAGACGUUAAACAAGACAGUAGUGAAUUAAUAUUGUUGCUGCAUAAUCUUUGCCCUCAUUAAGCCUAGCAGAACUACUUGAAAUAAUAACAUCCUGCACAGUGUCACGCUACAUGUUCAAGCACCUUUACAGUUAGUCUCUUUCUAGAGUUUAAAUCAAGUUCAUGAUAUCAAUUCAUUUACGCAAUAAACAUUGUUAUAAUUGUUCAUUACAUAUAUAUGUAUGUUUUAUAAAUAUAUUGUUAUAAAAAAGUAUAGUGGUUAAUUACAUAAAAUGUUUGUAAUAAGUAUGAUACUAUUCAAGAUAUUUUUGCUGAAAUUCAAUUUGGCAGAAUGGAUUGAUAUGCCUGAAUUUUCUGAUGAAACAAAAGUGUACAGAAUAUCUACACCAAAACAAGAUCACUUUCAUAAGUUUACUAAACAAACUAAAGAAGACCAGUUUUUGCACGCAUAUCAAAAUGUUACUUAUAAAGAUAUACAAAUAGAGCAAACUACAAAUAAUGACGAUAUUGAACACGUUUUUCAUAAAAUAAAAGAUACUAUUAUUGAACCCAUGAUUCAAACACCUUCCAAGAAAGAAGAAAACGUACAGUUAGAUGAAGCAAUUCCUUUAAUCAAGGAACAAAAAUUAAAGAAAGAGUACUUUAAUGAAUCUUUGAUUUCUACUAAUGAAGAAAUUUUUCAAUAUCUACCAUUGGAUACACUUAAAAGUGUUCAUCAAACUUUAAAAUUACAGCUUACAUCGAGUGAAGGAAAAAUUCAAUUUUUAAAAAUGUUUGAAAAUACAUUAAUCGCUGAAAUAGAAUCUCAACUCACACAAGCUAUAAUAACUGGUCGACAGAAAAGAGGUGUUGAACAUUAUGAUCACGGUUAUGAUAAUGAUCAUGCUGCAGGAUUUCCUUCCAUAGAAGGUGCACUGAUGGCUAUUUCAUUUCUUACAUUUGCAGUAUAUCUUAUUAGAUUAGUCAUGCUUUUAUUUAGGAAUAUAAAUAAUUCUAUGCCAACUACUACAGGUGCAACUUUGCUUCUUGGAAGAAGAAAACGAUCUAUGAACAAAUUUGACGAUGAUCUAAUUAUGAUAUUUAAAAACAUAGAUAAUUUUUCAUUCAGAUCUUAAUUAAU